CGACAAGGGACGCGCUGUAUGACGAGAAACACAACUCGUACGAUCUUCCUGAUUAUAAUUCUAAAGAUAGAACUGUCGACAGUUGUCUAUAAAUAAUUUGGAUAUAUCUAAGAAAUAUUUUGCUUCAGCCAAAAAGAACAUAUAUACGUCGUCUAAAUUUACAAUGUAUCCGGUAUCCUACAAUUGAUUUUUUAAUAGAAUUUUAAUAAAACUCUAAUGAUCUUUUUCUUAAUUCUGCCAAUAUCACCAUGUACGCAAUUAUUUAUAUUUUUACUAAGAAUUCUAUCAGCGUCAGAAUUUUAAUCGAGGGGUAUCGACAUUGGCAGAGUUAAAAAAUAUAUUCUCAAAGUUUUAUAAAAACUAAAUUUAAAAAUUCAGUUAUAGGAUUCUAGAACAUUAUAAAUUUAAAUGAUAUUACAUACAUUUUGGCUCAACCAAAAUAUUUCCUAAAUAUUUUAAAGUUCAUUAAAUAUCUUUUACUUUCAUCCUAAAGUGAGACUACAAAAGAGCCGUUGCUUGUAUGGCGGCCAAUGAGUGCGCAAAUAAAUUUACAGCGAACUAAUGUAAUCCUGUACUAAAGUAACCUGUACAAACUAAAGACUCGCAAGGACUUCCUCCCUUUCCGGCUUCUUCCCAUCAGGUUUCGUUCCACCGUAUUAUCUCGCAGCGCCGAGCACGUAAUUAAUAAAUCCGUGAUAUUACUUGCGUAAUGUAUUUGCGAUCACGUCGCCCAUGACAUCCGGCCAUGACAAUGGCAGCCCUCGGUGUCGCUAUUUGCGCUAAGUAUCGCUAAUUACGUCGGCCGAACGAUAAUGUAGGCGUAUCAGGACGUGCCACCUCUGACAGAAAGUGAGAUCGAGAUUGACGGUUCUCCCUCUGUGAAGCCGUUCACUUUACUGUCUAUAAAAGCGGCCGGACACAUUUACACGCGACACGAUACUCCAAAAGAAGGUCCAGCUGCCAGAACCGGGGCCGUUGCACACGAACGCAGUACAAAGGGAAACGUAACAACUGGGAAAAGAUUAACGGGAUCGGUGCGUGAGGAUGAAGAACGUCAUUCUCUUUGUCUCGUUCGUUUUGGCGACGAGUCUCUUUUGGAAUGUCGACAGCAAAAGAAUGUCCUUUGAAGAGAUCAAAGAGACCUUGCAACCGGUGAGGAAAAUCUGUAUCGACAGGGUGGGCACCGAUCCGAAGAUGAUCGAUGAGGCGAACAAAGGUAACUUCGUGCCUGACCGGAAGCUGCAAUGCUACUUCAAGUGCAUGAUGGUGAUGACGCGAGUCAUGACGAAAGACGAUAAACUAGUGGAGAAAAUGUUUAUUAAUAUCGCGGAACUCAUGGUGGAAGAGAAAUAUACGGAACCAUUUAUGCAGACGAUAAUAAAUUGCAAGGAGAUUGCUUUACAGCCAUUGGAAGGAUGUGAACUGGCAUACGAAAUAUUGAAAUGUUUCUACGAAUAUAACCCAUCGCUCACGUUCUUGCCUUGAAGACAUCCGCCUUCGUAGAUCCUUCGGUACAUUCGAACGACCGAAAUGUUUUCUCGUCAACGCGAAGGUAAUUUGUUCAGUUUGUCGAAUAAAACAACGUAAAGCACCUGACAUUACUCGGCAUUGUACUUCAGAGUCAAGAAAUACACGAAAUACGUAUCCAUCACGUAAA